ACGUUUUGCGUCUCUCUCGAGGCGAGGAAUCCACGCGUGCCGGGAGGCCCAGCUUGGCAGAUCGAAAUCCUCACGGGUUUGUGCUUCGAUUGCAAAUCCUCGUCUUCCUCGUCUGUGUGCGCGGCGCCGCUGCUCUUUCUUCGUAGCCCUGAGCACUGUGAAGAAAUUCCCCUUUGUCCCCCCCCCCCGCCCGGAGCCCCAGUUUUCUUGUCAGUCUCUCCAGUUCUCGUCGCUCUAAUCUUCUCGUCGUCUGUCCUCUUUGGUCUCCCGUCUCCCUGCUGUGGCGUCUCGCUCUCCUCUGUUCCUGUCGCUCCGCGACCCUUCCGUUCGCGCUCCUCUCUGUCUUUCCCUCCCUCUUGCGCGUCUCUUCCUGCCUUUGCGCCUCCUCUCUCUCUGCGUUUCCUGCUCCCUUCAUUCUCUGAAAGUCGAGAUGUCUCGCCUGGUGCGUCCGUCUCCGACGGCCGCUCGUGCUCGUCGCGCGGCCGCGUCGCUGGCUGCGUCUUCGCACCUGUGCCCUUUCUUGUCUCGACACACGAACCAGUCUCUGACCUCGCUCUUUCCGUUUCGCGCCUUUUGCCCGGUAGCCUCGAAAUUCGACUCCUCCACGCUGCCUGCAGUCAUGCGCGCCACCACUCUCAACCACCAGCAUUUUCCGCCGUCUCCUGCGCCCUCUGCAGCCGCAGGCCUCGAGAGCCGCGGCGACGCCUUGGGCUCCACGGACGCUCUGACCGCGGCCGCGCCGGUGGCUUCUCUGCUGGAGUCGAAGGCGGACUUGGAGGGUCUCGAGGGCGAGGCGGCGGGCGCUUCGGCGCUGUCUCCGUUCUUCUACGAGCAGCGUUUCACGGCGGCCAUAAACGAACUGCAUGCAGAGGGCCGCUACCGCGUCUUUGCGCAGCUGCAGCGGAAGCGCGGGGCGUUCCCGACCGCGGCGAUCUUCUUCGACCGACAAAGCGGCUGGGAGGGCGACGCAGAGUCUGCGGGAUCUGGAGCCCAAGGUGCUCGCGAGGCCGCCGCGGCGUCGCCGAACGCAGAGGGAGGCACAGAGAUACGGAGAGAGGCGGCAGGCGCACCAGGCGCGCAAGAAGAAGCGGACAGGUGGAUGUGUCAAUCGGUCAACGAAGAAGCAUCUGAAACUGUCGCUUCCGAGGCCGUCGCCAAUGUCGCGAAACAGCUCUCGCAGACUGAAGUACAGCUGUGGUGCUCGAACGACUACCUAGGCAUGGGUCAGAACCCAGUCGUCAUUCAAGCAGCCCACGAGGCGUUGGACGCCGCAGGCGCGGGAGCUGGAGGCACACGCAACAUCAGCGGAAAUUGCACCUUCCACUUGGAGCUCGAACGCGAGCUGGCUGCUCUCCACGGCAAGGAAGCGGCCCUCCUCUUUACCUCCGGGUACGUGGCGAACGAGGCGACGCUGUCGACUUUGGGGAAGUUGCUUCCGAACUUGCACAUUUUCUCUGACGAGAAAAACCACGCGUCCAUCAUUGCAGGCAUUCGAGGCGCGCGCUGCGCGAAGCGUAUUUUCCGGCACAACGACCUGAUUCACUUGGAGAGCUUGCUCGCUGCGGCCCCGGCGGAUGUCCCGAAGCUGAUUGUCUUCGAGAGUAUCUACAGCAUGGACGGCAGUGUGGCGCCUGUGAAGGAGAUCUGUGACUUGGCAGAAAAAUUCAACUCUCUCACGUACAUCGAUGAAGUCCACUCCGUCGGCAUGUACGGCCGAACGGGCGGCGGCGUUACUGAACAGUCCGGACAGCAACUGCGCGUCGACCUCAUCAAUGGGACGCUGGCGAAGGCUGUCGGCGUCUUCGGCGGCUACGUGGCGGGUAUGGCAACUCUGAUCGACUGCAUUCGUUCGUAUGCAGCCGGUUUCAUCUUCACGUCCUCAGUGCCGCCGGCCGUGGCGGCGGCGGCAACCGCUUCGAUCAGAUACCUUCGUCGUUCGUCCACCGAGCGGUACCUUCAGCAGUUGCGCGCGACGCAGCUGAAGACGCUUCUGCUGUCUCGGGACUUCCCCGUUCUCCUGAAUCCGAGCCACAUUGUCCCCCUUCUUGUCGGUUGCCCGAUUGCAUGCAAACGCGCUUCCGACCUCCUGCUCCACGAGCACAAGCUGUACAUACAGCCCAUCAACUACCCCACAGUGCCUCGAGGUUCGGAGCGCUUGCGCGUCACUCCGGGGCCUCUCCACUCCUACGACGACGUCCUCAAUCUUGUAGAUGCUCUUGACCAGGUCUGGAGUGUGUUGGGAUUGAUGCGCGCGACCGCGUUCAAGGAGCAGCGGGGCCUCUUGGUGGGGCCGCAUGCAGUGGAGAAGAGAUUCCCCUCCGAGACGCCUCUGUGGGGAUCUGGAGAAGCGAGCGUGGAGGCCGGACUGCGCGAGUGUGAAGAGAAGAGUGGGGAGUCUGCGAAAGAGUUGCUGCGUAUGCUUCUUGAAGCCCAGUUUUUCUUCUCAGAGCGACAACCGGACAAGCAACAGGUGCAUGCAGUCGACAAGCUGCGCGACUCUGCCUCCAGUGGCGCCUCUUGCGCGUCUUCUCUCUUUCUCUCUCGGGAGAGAGACGGAUGGAACGAAAGAAAAGAGGGUGCUUCUCCUCAGGCCGCGGAAGUGGCGGACGCUGAAAGACUCUGGACAGAGGGAAGGGAGGGUGAAGCGGUAGGAGUCGCGUCUCGGGGUCGCGUCGAAGUUCGCGCCUAGGAUGCGGGCGUUUAAAAAUGCUGGGACCUCAACAGAUUUCAAACUGAAUAUGGCGAAACCAUCAAAAGCCGCCGAGGAGGGAAGAAUGUGCGUGGUGAUCGACUCGUCAAAACUUGGUUGUCUGAACCUUGUAAUGGUCCGUAUUCAGUAUUCGAGGUACUCUGAUUAUUUGUUCA